GUCGAGGAGGCCAGGGGUGGAGGGGGGAGCUUUGGUUCUGGGAAGACAGGUAAAGUCGGGGAAAUUUAGAGAACCCCCCCGGAGUUAACCCUUUAGGGCACACCCCACUGGGAGCGGCCUCCCUGCUCACUGGAGGCAAAUCCCUAGUCUGACAACGUUAAUUUCCUUUGUGUGGGUCAUUUCUUCUUUUUGAAAAGCCAGAAUAAAGUUGACAGUCUUUACAGAUGAAAGAAAUGAAGUGACAGUCCGGGUUAAUCCGAAUAAAUAUUAAUUUCUCUCAGAAAUGUUUAGGCAAUCUCAUCCUAGAUUUAAAAAAAGAAAAAAGCCCCAAACAUCACUUUGUAUUGCACAUUCUGCUGCAUCCCUUUUCUCACCCUCUUACCAGGUCGGGGGGGUGGGGGUGGGGGGUGGGUGCGGGGAUAGAGCUACUGAUAAUACCAGCUUUAACUACUGGAGUUUCCCUUUGAACAAAUAUUCCAUUUAACCGGGGUUAAUUUACCAUAAAAGACAUUCCCGUUGGCACGAAUGCUCUCCUGUCCUUGAACACACCUCUUUGAAUGCCUGGACUCUUACAGAAGCCAUUAUUUCGGGGUCUCUUUAAAAAUCAAGCGCCCAUCUCUCUUUCUCUCCCUCCCUCCCUUCUUCCCUCCCUCCUCACCACACCACCCCCAGUGAAAUCUUGGCACCCUGCAAGUGCUCCGUUUCAGCCAGAGAUCCCAGAACCAGCCGCUGUCCCCUGGCAGAAGAGGCCCAGCGCUGAGGCCUGGACUAGGUCGCCUCCAAAAGUUUCUCACAAGCUUAGAAAAGAAGAAAGAAAGACAACUCUUGACACAGAAGAGCCCACAAAAGCUACAGCAGCAUCAGGGGUGAUGAAGCAGCGACAGACCCAGGCCUUGGAACCAUGGAUGAAAUGGCUGACAUCCCCCCAACCUCACCCCUCCCCAGAACUCUGCUUCUUGUGCAGCCAAUACCAGGGUCACUGCAAGUCUUCUCAAGCUCUUGCAUGUGACUAGAGGGGUGGCUCAACAAUUCCACACACCCUGGCUGCAUGGCCAAUAUCAAUAUUUUAAAACUAAAUACAAAAGAGACAGAUGACCUCCUGACCCCAGGAAACAGGCCUGCAAGACUGCAAGUAUCCACUACACCAUGCCCAGGGACCUUUUCUUCUUCCAAAUGAACCACAAAAAUCAUACAUGUGUAGCCUGGAAAACACGAUUUUAUAUCCACAAGCAAGAACAUCAAAAAUCCACUCAACAGCACAUGUAUAAACAACCAACAAGUACUGAAAUUGCCUGCACUUGAUGGGAAUUGCAAAAUCAUGCCCAGCUCUAUCAGCCCUUAAACUACUACUGUCAAAUUAGGGUAGCAAUUUUUCCCUACUACAAAAUCCACAACCAGUUAGCUUCCCCACCCCCCAUUGCCAGUGCUUUGCCUUUCACUGAAAUGAAUAAAUAACUGUGGACUUUUUUUCCAUCCUCCGGGAGCUGUUCGGUGUCCCCUGAGGACAAAACUAAAUGAGAAAAAUGACGCUGUUAAUAAUGUCACUGCUGAAAUGCCUGUACUCGACUGUUUUAAAAAAAAUACUAUUCCGCUAAGUGUGCCUACAUUUCGGGCACAUUUUCAAACCACCACUGAAUCUGUAUGUAGACUGGUCAGCAUUAAGUUUAGCUGGUUUUCACUUCUGUACAGAAAUGAAGCUAGUUCAUCAACAGAGAUUCCCAACUUCUGAAGACAUUGCUUUCUGGGAUUACAAAGUCAGCAGUUGCCCUGUAAUUUUUGCAUGAUUUAUUUCAAACUUUGAAAAUCACAGUAAUAAUUUUCUUGGUUCACUCACAAUACUUCAAAACUUACAGGCACUUUCACACACAAACUUCUUUGCUGAGCCUGUGAGAGUUGUAGCUAUUGUCCUUUUUCAAAAUAGCUGACACUUAAAAGUAAAACUAUACCAUCAUUUUAUUUCUACGUGUAAGUUGGUUUUUGUUUCCUAUCUACAUGUGCCUCUGUGACAUGAAAAAAAAAUUGGCUUUAAUGAGCUGUUUAGAAAGCUCUUAUGCAAAAUGGCUAAGUUGUCUUUAUAUUGUUCAUGAAGAAAUGUAGAAAGUGCACUGCAAACCAACAUAAACUUUCUGCAUCCCUUUCUGUAAUUCUUUUCUUGAAAACUGCCUUUCUGUUUCAAAACCAAAACAAUCAUAAUAUCAAGACUGUUCGUUUUAACUUUCAAAAUAAAAUUUAGCCAACAAUUGCAUGGUUACAAUGAUAGAAAACAAACCGUUGGGCCUAUACAAAAUACAUAUUGAUAUUUUAAGUAAACUUUAUCUCUGAAAUUCAUCUGAAAAAAUUUUACAACACACAGUAAGUUAAUAAGUUCCAAAGCAAUAAUAUUGUCAAAUUGUGUGAUGUCAAAAGCUCCUAAAGCAAAGUUACAGAUGUUCAUGACAUCACAUUCACUCAUAAUUAUGUUGCUGCUGUCUGACCACCUUAAACGGAUGACUCUGUCUACUAAAGAAUAAAAAGAAUUUAUUUUGGACAUCAAA